UUAUUGCGUCAGCUUGUGCUUGCCCGGUGGUUACUUUACCUUUAUCUAUCGCCGUUGAUUCUCUUCUAGAUCGCGCCCAAUCUUGUUUUUUUCCCUUUCUCAUUUAUUUUCUUUCUUCUUCUGUACCUAGGUAGGUCGGAGGAAGUCCGGCUCACCCACCGCACGUCUUUCACAAUGCCCAAGCUAGACGUGGAAAAGACCAUUGAGGAACUUACGAUCGGGGAGAAGAUAGCUCUCACUUCUGGAAUUGACUUCUGGCAUACGGCUUCCGUUCCCCGCCUCAAUGUUCCCUCUCUGCGCAUGUCCGACGGCCCCAAUGGUGUCCGUGGAACCCGCUUCUUUAAUGGCGUGCCUGCGGCGUGCUUCCCUUGUGCCACAGCUCUGGGAGCUACUUGGGACGCGGAGCUUCUGUACAGUGUUGGUCAGUUGAUGGGAGAGGAAGCAAUCGCUAAAGGUGCCCAUGUCAUCCUGGGCCCUACUAUCAACACACAACGAUCCCCAUUAGGCGGUCGAGGAUUCGAGUCCUUUGCCGAAGAUGGUGUUCUCUCUGGUAUCUUGGCAGGUAACUGCUCCAAGGGUAUUCAGGAAAAGGGAGUAGCAGCCUGUCUCAAACACUUUGUGUGUAACGACCAGGAGCACGAGCGUUUGGCUGUCGAUUCCAUCAUCACGGAUCGUGCAUUGCGCGAAAUAUACCUUAUGCCCUUCCAUUUAGCGAUGCGCAUCUGCAAGACAGCUUGCGUUAUGACAGCAUACAACAAAGUUAAUGGUACACACGUGAGUGAGAAUAAGAAAAUCAUCACAGAUAUUCUCCGCAAAGAGUGGGGAUGGGAUGGUCUUGUGAUGAGUGAUUGGUUUGGUGUCUAUAGCACCUCGGAGGCAAUCAAUGCUGGUCUCGAUAUAGAGAUGCCAGGAAAGACACGCUGGCGCGGCGAUGCCCUGGCACAUGCCAUAUCAUCAAAUAAAGUUCCAGAAUUUGUUAUGGAUGAGCGUGUUCGUAACAUCCUGAACCUCAUUAAUUAUGUUGAGCCACUGGGUAUCCCCGAGGGUGCAGAGGAGAAAGUUUUAAACCGCCCCGAGGACAAAGCUCUGCUGCGUCGAGCUGCUGCAGAGUCCAUUGUACUCAUGAAGAAUGAAGAUAACAUUCUCCCCCUUAGCAAGGAAAAGUCCAUUGUUGUUAUUGGACCCAAUACCAAAAUUGCCGCCUACUGCGGUGGUGGCUCUGCAUCGCUUGAUGCGUACUAUACUGUGACCCCCUUUGACGGCGUGUCUGCAAAGAGCCAGGGCGAAGUAAAAUUCAGCCAAGGUGUAUACUCCCACAAGGAUCUUCCUCAGCUUGGUCCUCAUAUGAAGACCGAGGAUGGCAAGACUGGUUUCAUGUUCCGUGUUUAUGAUGAGCCCGCAUCCAGCCCUAACAGAGAGCUGCUUCACGAGCUGCAUCUUGUAUCUUCUCUCGGCUUCUUGAUGGACUACAGACACCCCAAAAUCAAGUCCUUUACCUACUAUAUUGAUAUGGAAGGUUUCUUCGCUCCCGAACAGGAUGGCAUCUACGACUUUGGCGUUACUGUGGUCGGAACCGGUAAGCUCCUCGUUGAUGGCGAACUCGUGGUCGACAAUUCCAAGAACCAGCGCCCAGGCUCUGCCUUCUUUGGCACCGGAACCGUGGAAGAGCGGGGAUCCAAGGAACUCAAAGCGGGACAAACAUAUAAGGUGGUCCUACAAUUCGGUAGUGCGCCUACUUCAGAUCUCGAUACCCGCGGAGUGGUGGUCUUUGGCCCCGGAGGCUUCCGUUUUGGCGCUGCCCGCCGUACAACCCAAGAGGAGCUGAUUUCCAAGGCAGUCGAGGCGGCUACCAAUGCGGAUCAGGUUGUUGUGUUUGCCGGUCUUACUAGCGAAUGGGAGACUGAGGGGCACGACCGAGACCACAUGGACCUGCCCCCAGGCAGUGAUGAGAUGAUCUCUCGCGUUCUUGACGCCAACCCGAAUAGUGUUGUCGUGAUCCAAAGUGGUACCCCGGUGACUAUGCCAUGGGUGAGUAAGUCCAAGGUGCUCCUCCAGGCCUGGUUCGGUGGAAACGAGUGCGGCAAUGGUAUUGCUGAUGUACUCUACGGCGACGUCAAUCCCUCCGGCAAACUCCCCCUCAGCUUCCCCGUCCGUCUUCAAGACAAUCCAGCCUACCUCAACUUCCGCUCAGAGGGCGGUCGUGUUCUCUAUGGUGAAGAUAUCUAUGUCGGGUACCGCUACUAUGAAAAGGUCGACCUUGCACCUCUCUUCCCAUUCGGCUACGGGUUGUCCUACACUUCCUUCUCUCGCUCCGACCUCAUCCUCAAUACUACUCCCGAACAGCCUAAGAUCGGUGAUGGCGAACCAAUCACCGCCACCGUGACAGUCACAAACACCGGUAAGGUUGCUGGUGCAGAGACCGUCCAGCUCUGGGUCAUCCCGCCAUCUACCAAUGUCAACCGACCUGUCCGAGAACUCAAGGGCUUCGCAAAGGUCACACUUGAACCGGGUGAGCAGAAGACUGUUGAUAUCGUUGUUGAAAAGAAACUAGCUACAAGUUGGUGGGAUGAGAAGCGCGAGAUGUGGGCCUCCGAGAAAGGCAGAUAUGAGGUUCUCAUUACGGGCACUGGGGAGGAAACUCUCAAGUCUUCAUUUACUGUUGAAAAGACCCGGUUCUGGAUAGGCCUGUAGAUACAUUUUUUUUUUCUUUUUCUUGAGCUGGCUUUCCACAAGUAAAUGAAGGGUAUGAAGAUGAGAAAUACAUCCAAUAAUCUUAU